ACUGGUGAUACAUGUCCGUGUACAUGCGAGCAUUGUAGUGUCACUAGGUGAUGUGUUCACUAUAACAUAGAGUCAGUGUGGUGUUCAGUCUACACAAUGAGGCUACCCUACAUUUUUCUCCUGGUUGUAUUACAGACACAAGAAGCCUGCAGUCUAUUAUGCUCUAAAGGAGAGAUCGUGGACAUUGUGGCAGGUUAUCAAACUCUUCUGACGUGUCCCACAAAUGAAGUGGAGGAAUGGAGAUUAGGUCUCGGUAGUCAAAGGGCAUCAUUAAUAGCACAGUGGAAGAAUAAUAAGUUUGAAGUUCUUAAUGACUUUGGCAACACUUUUAUAAUACAAGAUAACAGCAAUCAACUAAGUCCGUUGUUGGUCAACGCUGCAAACAACAAAAACAGAGAUGUUUCGAUUGUCAGCGGCACUUUAGUAUGUGAAACUGGAGACACAGGCUGUGGACUAAACUAUGUCUAUCCCGCAGAGGGCGUUUCAUGCACCACCGUGACGUCAUCAUGGAAUGUCACUGUCACCUGCAACAUCAGCAGCGCCUACUCCUCUCGGGGAAUUUACAAAUGUCAGCUGAUUCGGGCAGAACAGGGUUUAACAGACACAAAUUUGGACACCGUCACCAUGGUGACAACCUCUACUAACGAGCCAGUAGCAAAAACUGAGGUCAAGGUGUCGGGGUCCUGUCAGCUCCACACAACCCUCCCCCUACACAGCGGCAACUACUCCUACUAUGUGAACAUAGAUCCUGGAGGACAAAGCCAUGUGGCCAAGUAUUCUCAACAUUACUCAGAAUGGUUUAUAGUCGGUAAGCCACGCCCCAUGUCUCCAGGUAAUGUCAUCAAGGUAAGAAACAUGCAGUUUGACCUCACGGCCUACCCCAAGCCACACACCUUGAGAAUACUCAACAGGACAGGUGAUGUCGGCACGUCUGUACAUCCUGUUGUAUCAGUAAUACCAUGCACUGCCGACCCCCACCUACCUUACAAGUUCACCUGCAACUUCACAGAGAAAGCACCUGGCUACUACCACGUUGUGGUCACCAAUUAUUUUGGUGAUGGAAACUUUACUCUAGACGUUGAUGAUAAUGUCCUGACUGCGGGCAGAAGACCUAGCAAUCCAAGGGAGUUUCUUACAGAAGUGUAGGUUUCUCAAGAAACUGAGGUCAGAGGUCUGACUGUCACCGACGCCAAUCGCCUCUGAGUUGUACAGAUCGGUGGAUGCAUUGCAGAUGACUGCAACUUUCAUUCUAUGAGCCUGCCUCCAAGUGUUGCAAAAUAUAGGCGAGCAAGAAAAACAAAAACUUUGUUUAGUUAUAGCUUGAAAAAAUAUUUUAUUUCAUCGAUGAUGUUGCAAAGUGACCUACUGCUGUAAAUCAGUUUACAUUUAAAUGAGACUUACACUGAGAUUUACUACAUUAUAAGCAAAUCUGUUGAAUAAGGUCUAGAUACCACUAUUAUAAACUGCGGAAUAGUGCCUAAAUAAAGAAUGCGAACUUGACUAUACUGUGAAAUCACAUUUUUAUUUUCCUAAUUUGUCUUACAUAAAAAGACUUCUUAUAUAUCUUCCUAGAUAUUUUAGUAUCACAUGUAAUUACACCGUACACAAAAAAAGAUGGAGAUAAGACAACGUUCAAGUUAUUUGUACAUCUUUGAUAAAUUUUUAUAAUGUCAUUUUUGGUUAUUUGAUUUGAGAAGUUUAUAACAAGUUAGUUCCCAAAAAAUAAUUUUGUAAACGCGUAAUGUUAUGUAGUAUGAAGUGACGAAUAAUAAUAAGUUUGGUACAAAGAUGCAUGCUUCUAAAGCCCGUUUAAAUUUAUUGUUUGGUCUGCCUUUCUGGAUUGUUUCAAUUUAAAUGAAACUUCUGUUCUACUAUUCUGUACAGUCCCUAUCGAUGUAUACAUAAAAGAACAGUCAAAAACUCAAAUGUCACCCUGCCUCCCCAUUCGACUUUACAAAUGACAGACUUAAUGUCGUGUCAUCGCAUAGAAAGUCACGACUACUUGUUGGUUUAUAAGGCUAGGACUGCUAAAGCUUGUGGCGAUUAGACAUCGUGGUUGAUGAAAGGUUAGGGAAGUAGAAUUUUGGUUGAAACUGCCCGACUAGUGGACCUGUUACACGUGUUACAUACAGACAAACUAUGUUUUAAAUGAGACGAGAUGGGAAUUAAAUGUCGCACAAAAUUCAUGAAAUUGUGGUAUUGAAAGCUUACCACUUACCAAACAGUACAAAAGGUGCAAAAGAACUAUUUUAGUGACAGAUUUAUGUCAUAAAACAGACCUGUAUUGUAGCAAUUGAACGUGACAUGGUAUAAAGUAGUACUCAAACAUUCAUAUUUCACGUGUUUUCUGUGCAAGUUUAUUUGUCAUUAAAACGAUUUAUUAGA